UUACGAAAAAUGUUAUCCUUACAUUAACUGCUGUAAUUAAUUUUAAUAAUAUAUUUUUAUCAUAAUAAUCAAUAUUCAAUAACUAUGAACGUUGAGAAAUUAAGCAAGAUGAAAAAGCUUCUAGAAAUACUGUCAACUCCCACCCAAAAGAUGCCCCUGAAAACUUUGGUGAAAUGUGAAACUGCUUUGGAAAGAUUAGAUUUAAGCAGAGAAGAAGGUGGAAGUGUGCCUCCACCACAAUCAUCUACCAUGAGGGAGGUGCAUCCGUUAAUUGAAGUGAUUGGGUUAAUGAUACAAUCUCCAGACAUAAAUCAUACAUUCCACAGAACAUUUGCCACUUGUAUAGAAUUUAUGAUGGGCCAAAGACGACCUUUGAAAUAAAAUUCCAACGAAGUUCAAAGUAUCAUACCCAAAGCAUUAGAAGGUGAAGUUGCAAGACUCGAUCAACGUUUUAAGGUGUCUUUAGAUCCAGUUCGUCCCAGUGGAGUUUCUUGUAUCCGCCUUUUGUGUUGGUUGGAUGAUAAAAAUCUACCUUGCGUACCUCCAAUCAACAUCAUUGUUUAUGAGAAUAAAAUUAUCCUCAAAUUUUCAAUACCAUUUUCAAACGGGGGACGGAGUGGCCGAGUGGAUUACGGCGUCGGUUUCUUUCUCUGCAGUGCUCUGGGCAGGCAACUCCUAGAGAGUGAGGCCACCAUCCCCUGACCGGGCAUGGCAGAAACCUACGCGUACCGAUUUGAAAUUCUGUUAAAAAAUACACGUAAUUCAACCAACCGUUCCAACUGUUCCUCCGUACAAAACAACAAAAACAGCUAAUGCCCAUUGUUGACAGGCAUAAGCUCAAUAAUAAAAAAAAAUAACUCUGCAGUUAGCUAUAAAUUUCAAUCAAUAAAAGUAAAAACCAUCAUCAUAAUAUUGUUCGUCCUUAUAAAUUCAGAAUUAUCGUUGUUUAGCGAUUUAAUUUUAUUCAAAAUCUGCUUCUCUUAAAUAAUAUUAUUUCUUUAGUAUAACAGUUUAUGAAUAAUUAUAAGU